AGGCGCGGUGCGGGCGGCGGACGGGCGGGCGCUUCGCGGUUUGAAUGGCUGCGGGCCCGGGCCCUCACCACACCUGAGGUCCGGCUGCCCAGGGGUGCGCUAUGCCGUCGGGAGGUGACCAGUCGCCACCGCCCCCGCCUCCCCCUCCGGCGGCGGCAGCCUCGGAUGAGGAGGAGGAGGACGACGGCGAGGCGGCAGACGCCGCGCCGCCUGCCGAGUCGCCCACCCCACAGAUCCAGCAGCGGUUCGACGAACUGUGCAGCCGCCUCAACAUGGACGAGGCGGCGCGGGCCGAGGCCUGGGACAGCUACCGCAGCAUGAGCGAGAGCUACACGCUGGAGGGAAAUGAUCUUCAUUGGUUAGCAUGUGCCUUAUAUGUGGCUUGCAGAAAAUCUGUUCCAACUGUAAGCAAAGGGACAGCGGAAGGAAACUAUGUAUCUUUAACUAGAAUCCUGAAAUGUUCAGAGCAGAGCUUAAUCGAAUUUUUUAAUAAGAUGAAGAAGUGGGAAGACAUGGCAAAUCUACCCCUACAUUUCAGAGAACGUACUGAGAGAUUAGAAAGAAACUUCACUGUUUCUGCUGUAAUUUUUAAGAAAUAUGAACCCAUUUUUCAGGACAUCUUUAAAUACCCUCAAGAGGAGCAACCUCGUCAGCAGCGAGGAAGGAAACAGCGGCGACAGCCCUGUACUGUGUCUGAAAUUUUCCAUUUUUGUUGGGUGCUUUUUAUAUAUGCAAAAGGUAAUUUCCCCAUGAUUAGUGAUGAUUUGGUCAAUUCUUAUCACCUGCUGCUGUGUGCUUUGGACUUAGUUUAUGGAAAUGCACUUCAGUGUUCUAAUCGUAAAGAACUUGUGAACCCUAAUUUUAAAGGCCUAUCUGAAGAUUUUCAUGCUAAAGAUUCUAAACCUUCCUCUGACUCCCCUUGUAUCAUUGAGAAACUGUGUUCCUUACAUGAUGGCCUAGUUUUGGAAGCAAAGGGGAUAAAGGAACAUUUCUGGAAACCCUAUAUUAGGAAACUUUAUGAAAAAAAGCUCCUUAAGGGAAAAGAAGAAAAUCUCACUGGGUUUCUAGAACCUGGGAACUUUGGAGAGAGUUUUAAAGCCAUCAAUAAGGCCUAUGAGGAGUAUGUUUUAUCUGUUGGGAAUUUAGAUGAGCGGAUAUUUCUUGGAGAGGAUGCUGAGGAGGAAAUUGGGACUCUCUCUAGGUGUCUGAACACUGGUUCAGGAACAGAGACUGCUGAAAGGGUGCAGAUGAAAAACAUCUUACAGCAGCAUUUUGACAAGUCCAAAGCACUUAGAAUCUCCACACCACUAACUGGUGUUAGAUACAUUAAGGAGAAUAGCCCUUGUGUGACCCCAGUUUCUACAGCUACGCAUAGCUUGAGUCGUCUUCACACCAUGCUGACAGGCCUCAGGAAUGCACCAAGUGAGAAAUUGGAACAGAUUCUCAGGACAUGUUCCAGAGAUCCAACCCAGGCUAUUGCUAACAGACUGAAAGAAAUGUUUGAAAUAUAUUCUCAGCAUUUCCAGCCAGAUGAGGAUUUCAGUAAUUGUGCUAAAGAAAUUGCCAGCAAACAUUUUCGUUUUGCGGAGAUGCUUUACUAUAAAGUAUUAGAAUCUGUUAUUGAGCAGGAACAAAAAAGACUAGGAGACAUGGAUUUAUCUGGUAUUCUGGAACAAGAUGCGUUUCACAGAUCUCUCUUGGCCUGCUGCCUUGAAGUCGUCACUUUUUCUUAUAAGCCUCCUGGGAAUUUUCCAUUUAUUACUGAAAUAUUUGAUGUGCCUCUUUAUCAUUUUUAUAAGGUGAUAGAAGUAUUCAUUAGAGCAGAAGAUGGCCUUUGUAGAGAGGUGGUAAAACACCUUAAUGAGAUUGAAGAACAGAUCUUAGAUCAUUUGGCAUGGAAACCAGAGUCUCCACUCUGGGAAAAAAUUAGAGACAAUGAAAACAGAGUUCCUACAUGUGAAGAGGUCAUGCCACCUCAGAACCUGGAAAGGGCAGAUGAAAUUUGCAUUGCUGGCUCCCCUUUGACUCCCAGAAGGGUGACUGAAGUUCGUGCUGAUACUGGAGGACUUGGAAGGAGCAUAACAUCUCCAACCACAUUAUACGAUAGGUACAGCUCCCCACCAGCCAGCACUACCAGAAGGCGGCUAUUUGUUGAGAAUGAUAGCCCCUCUGAUGGAGGGACACCUGGGCGCAUGCCCCCACAGCCCGUAGUCAAUGCUGUCCCUGUGCAGAAUGUAUCUGGGGAGACUGUUUCUGUCACACCAGUUCCUGGACAGACUUUGGUCACCAUGGCAACCGCCACUGUCACAGCCAACAAUGGGCAAACAGUAACCAUUCCUGUGCAAGGUAUUGCCAAUGAAAAUGGAGGGAUAACAUUCUUCCCUGUCCAAGUCAAUGUUGGGGGGCAGGCACAAGCUGUGACAGGCUCCAUCCAGCCCCUCAGUGCUCAGGCCCUGGCUGGAAGUCUGAGCUCUCAACAGGUGACAGGAACAACUUUGCAAGUCCCUGGUCAAGUGGCCAUUCAACAGAUUUCCCCAGGUGGCCAGCAGCAGAAGCAAGGCCAGUCUGUAACCAGCAGUAGUAAUAGACCCAGGAAGACCAGCUCUUUAUCGCUUUUCUUUAGAAAGGUAUACCAUUUAGCAGCUGUCCGCCUUCGGGAUCUCUGUGCUAAACUAGAUAUUUCAGAUGAACUGAGGAAAAAAAUCUGGACUUGCUUUGAAUUCUCCAUAAUUCAGUGUCCUGAACUUAUGAUGGACAGACAUCUGGACCAGUUAUUAAUGUGUGCCAUUUAUGUGAUGGCAAAGGUGUAUAGAAGUGUUUUGAUAAAAGGGAAAAGAAAAAGAAGAAAUUCUGGCAGCAGUGAUAGCAGAAGCCAUCAGAAUUCUCCAACAGAACUAAAUAAAGAUAGAACCAGUAGAGACUCCAGUCCAGUCAUGAGGUCAAGCAGCACCUUGCCAGUUCCACAGCCCAGCAGUGCUCCUCCUACACCUACUCGCCUCACAGGUGCCAACAGUGACAUGGAAGAAGAGGAGAGGGGAGAUCUCAUUCAGUUCUACAACAACAUCUACAUCAAACAGAUUAAGACAUUUGCCAUGAAGUACUCACAGGCAAAUAUGGAUGCUCCUCCACUCUCUCCCUAUCCAUUUGUAAGAACAGGCUCCCCUCGCCGAAUACAGUUGUCUCAAAAUCAUCCUGUCUACAUUUCCCCACAUAAAAAUGAAACAAUGCUUUCUCCUCGAGAAAAGAUUUUCUAUUACUUCAGCAACAGUCCUUCAAAGAGACUGAGAGAAAUUAAUAGUAUGAUACGCACAGGAGAAACUCCAACUAAAAAGAGAGGAAUUCUUUUGGAAGAUGGAAGUGAAUCACCUGCAAAAAGAAUUUGCCCAGAAAAUCAUUCUGCCUUACUGCGCCGUCUCCAAGACGUAGCUAAUGACCGUGGUUCCCACUGAGGUUAGUCUCUUGUAUUGAAACUCUUUUCACAAAAUCUGUUUAGCAGCAGCCUUUAAUGCAUCUAGAUUAUGGAGCUUUUUUCCUUAAUCCAGCUGAUCAGUUACAGCCUGUUAGUAACAUGAGGGGACAUUUUGGUGAGAAAUGGGACUUAACUCCUUCCAGUGUCCUUAGAACAUUUUAAUUCAUCCCAACUGUCUUUUUUUCCCUACCAUUCAGUGAUUACUGUCAAGGCUGCUUAGAAUCCAAACUUGGAUUUUUGACUCUGGCAAAGCUUUUAGAAAUACUGCAAGAAAAUGAUGUGUACUCAAACGUGAGCAUAGGAGGCUUCUGUUAACGUACUCCAACAGAAGAACUGUGUUUCAAGUUCAAUCCUACCUGUUCUGUGGUCAGCUGUAGUCCUCAUAAAAAGCAAAACAAAAAUUAGGUAUUUUGUCCUAAAACACCUGGUAGGAGUGUGUGAUUUUUGCAUUCCUGACAAAGGAGAGCGCACCCAGGUAUGGAGGUCCUAGGUCAUUAGCCCUCAUCUCCCGUUCCCUUUGUGCAUGUCUUCCCUCUCCCCAUUCGGUGUGGUGCAGUGUGAAAAGUCCUUGAUUGUUCGGGUGUGCAAUGUCUGAGUGAACCUGUAUAAGUGGCGGCACUUUAGGGCUGUAAAAUGCAUGAUUUUGUAACCCAGAUUUUGCUGUAUAUUUGUGAUAGCACUUUCUACAAUGUGAAUUUUAUUAAGUACAAAACUUCCAGGCUAUACAUCCAAUAUUUUCUUUAAUGCUUUUGUACUUUUUUAAACUGUUAAAGCCCCUAUAGCCACCUUUUGGGAAUAUGUUUUAAAUUCUCCAGUUUUUUGUUAUAUAGGGAUCAACCGGCUAAGAAAAUAUUUUAAAUCAAGUUGAAUUGAGGGGAUUAAUAUGAAAAAUUACGACCUCUUCCUUUAGGAGGGAGUUUUAUCUAAAAGAAAUGUCUAUUAAGGUGAUAUAUUUAAAAAUAUUUUUGGGUGUUCCUGGCAGUUUAAAAAAAAUUGGUUGGAGAAUUUAGGUUUUUAUUAGUACCACAGUACCAUUUAUACAAAUUAGAAAAUGUUAUUUAACAGCUGUUGAAUUAUCUAUACAUAUCUUUAUUAAUCACUAUUGUUCCAGCAGUUUUCAAGUCAAAUUAAUAAUAUUAGGGAGAAAAUUCAAUUGUAAAUUGAAUCAGUAUAAACAAAGUUACUAGGUAACUUCAUAUUGCUCUGAGAGAAAUAUGGAACUUACUUACACUGUUCAAUUAGAAUAGUGUUCUGCAAAAAUAUUUAUAAAACCUCUCAAGAUACUUACUGCUACUGUAAUUUUAUAUGAAGAUAAGUGUAUUUUUCAAUAAAGCAUUUAUAAAUUA